AUGACCGACAGAGCUCCAUGGGUGAUUGUAAUUGGGGCGGGCCCAGCAGGUUUGUUGCUUGGGCUUAUGCUGGGCCAGAAGGGAGUCCCUGUGCAUAUCGUCGAAAAGGGAGAUCGAAUCGACGACCGACCACGCGCAACGCACUAUUCGGCCCCGGCUCUGCGUGAGCUUCACCGAGCAGGAGUGCUUGAAGAGGCUAGAAGACGGGGUUUCAUCAUCGAGAGCAUCAGUUGGCGAAAGCUGGACCUGACGUACCUGGGCGGUUUCUCACAGAAGGUGUUCCCCAAGGACGACAAGGAACUGAUGGUAUGCCUACCCUUAGAUAGGCUCGGCCAGCUUCUCGUGGAGCACCUCAACUACUUGUCCAACGUCGAUAUCAAGUAUCGCCACGAGGUCGUCGAUAUUGGUCAAGAUGACUGUUCUGCAUGGGUCGAGGUUCAAACUCCGACGGGAAAGCAGAAGUUGAGGGCAAAGUACGUGGUCGGAUGCGAUGGAGCCAGCAGCAAACUCCGACGCUGCUUGUUUGGCGACAAUUUCCCCGGCUUUACCUGGGAGGAGCAGAUUGUUGCUACAAAUACAUAUUUCGAUUUUGAUAAAUAUGGAUUGGACGAUGCUAACUUUAUCCUGCACCCGCAACACUGGUAUAUGGCGGCUCGUAUAUCCAAAUAUGGCUUAUGGCGGAUUACCUACGGCGAGGAAAAAGGUUUCAGCAACGAAGAACUCAUUGCACGGCAAACCAUGAAGUUUGAGAAAUUCUUGCCCGGCAAUCCCAAGCCGGAAGAAGGCAAGUACAAAGUGGAGAGCAUUAGCCCAUAUCGUGUUCAUCAGCGCCUAGCUGAACAUAUGAGGGUUGGUCGUGUUCUUUUGGCUGCUGAUGCCGCCCAUCUUUGCAACCCUUUCGGCGGCAUGGGACUCACUGGAGGCAUCGCCGACAUUGGGAGCUUGUACGACUGUUUGAUUGGAAUCUAUGAGCAGCGAGCCGAUGAAAGCAUUCUCGACAGAUAUGACGAGGUCCGCCGUGCAAUGUACAACAACGUCAUCAAUCCAAUCUCGAGCGCGAACAUGCGGCGCCUCUUCUCCUUGGAUCCGGACACGGCUACGGACAAUGACGAAUUUUUGAUGGCGUGCAAGAGAGCACAGGCAGACGAGAACUUUUCUCGGGAAUUUCAGCGUGGAGUCAACGCAAUUGUGCAUGAUUUCACACAGUAUUAUAAAUCGGGUUGA